AUGGAAUCAAGACAAAUUAUUCUUGCGAAGAAUGCCAACAGAAUUCUUUUCGUUAGAAACUUACCGUUCGGAAUAGAUGGCGAUAAGCUCUACGAAUUAUUCUCGAGAUAUGGCUCGAUUUACCAAAUUCGUCUAGGAUGCAUUCCAUCGACGUCAACAACAGCUUUUGUUGUAUUUGAUAAUGUUUUAGAUGCCCAAGCAGCAAAGGACGCUUUGAAUGGCUACACAAUCGAAAAUAGAUAUUUAAUUGUUCAAUAUUAUCGUCUCAAUCAAGCAAACCCUUCAACACAGACAGGCAAAUAA